GGGCAGGGGUGGUUGCUCCGGGAGGUGGCGGCGGGUCUGGAGCGGGGGAGCGCCCCUCGGUGGGUCGGCGGUGGCGUCCCGGGGUUCGCCUCGCUGUGCGCGCUGCACCCUCUGCCGCCCCAGCGGGGUGGUGGAUUGCAGAGGAGGCGUUUCGCCAGGCCAGGAGGUUGUUGGGUAGCACCCGGUAAUAGCAGCCAUCUAGCGUAUGUAUCACUGGGUAGCACCCAUCAGUAGCAUCUCUAACAGCAAUAAUUAACUCGGCAUCGGCUGAGCUUUGACACGGCCAUUGCCCCUCCCUUUAGAGGAAGUUAUUUGGCAAGGAUGAAUCACGACAUCCUCGUGCCACCGUCGUCUCUCGGUAUUUUGAUUGGCGUGGACUUGAGCAGUCGCGGUGUUUUCUAGCAGUAAUCCAUGGGACGCAAAGCUUGAGAUAAUUUUGAGGUACCUGUCGGCCGAAGCUGAUGCAGAAGAUUUUAAUUCCUGCCCGUUUUGCUGAUCAGGCAGGCCUGGGCCGCGUCUCCUGAAAACUGGAUUCUCUUGUUUGAGGAAAUGAAUGACUGCUCAUCUUUUUAAAGAAACUAUAAAGCUGUAUUUCCAUGCACUGUGACCUGUUUUUUCCCUUGCUCUUAUUGUACAUGCUAGUUUUAAUGGAUGUUUCUUACUUUUUUUCCUUCCCUUUGGAGGGCAAGAAAUUAGUCCACAUGCAGUAAAUUGGAAGAAAUGGAAGAAAGGAAAAUCAAGAGAAGGAGCCCCAAAUCAUCUACCAGUCACCCUGCUCAGGUUGCCAACUCCAAGAAAAACUCAGUGCCGGUCAGCAAAAGUACAGCCUUUUCAAAUCCCGCACCACAGCCUGCAGUACAAAAACCAAAGUUAAAACGUGUAAUAAAAGAGAAAGCCAAACCUCCAGGAGGCGAAGCAAAAGGGGCACAGGCAGCACCAAUCCAACAUUCUUUUCUCACAGAUGUAUCAGAUGUCCAGGAAAUGGAAAGGGGACUUCUGAGUCUCCUGAAUGACUUUCACUCUGGCAAACUUCAAGCAUUUGGAAAUGAAUGUUCCAUAGAGCAGAUGGAGCACGUGCGGAGUAUGCAGGAGAAACUUGCUCGCCUCAAUCUGGAGCUCUAUGGGGAGUUGGAAGAACUCCCUGAAGACAAAAGAAAACUAGCCAGUGACUCCAACCUGGAUAGGCUGCUGUCAGAUCUAGAAGAACUGAAUUCAUCUAUCCAAAAACUGCAUUUAGCAGAUGCUCAAGAUAUUCCAAAUAGUGCCACGGGCUGAAAGAACAGCUUUGUCAGUUUGGAUUCUCCCAGAAGCUUUUCUUUUGUUUUUCCUGACAGCAGAAUCUGGAACAGUUGUGGUUUUGUGGUUGUGUUUGGUUUGGUUUGGUUUUUUUUUUUAAUUUUACACAAUGAAGAAUCAAAGUGCAAAUCCAAAUGUUUAUUUUUGCACAUUCCUCUGAGCACUGUAUUAUGUCAGGACUCAGUAUCUAGAGUUUUAAGUAGGUUACUGUGAUACUAUGCUUUUUAUUAUUGCCUUAUUUAAUAGAAAAAUUAGGGAAACGUGGAAGUGUAUUUCUUCUCUCACAGUGUUGUUCAUAUGCUUGAAAAUGAAAUAUGUAUAUAAGCUCAUUAGCAUUGCUCUGUUUUUUAUGAAGGUAGCAAUGAUGUUGCCUUUCUGAUCAGUAUGUAGACAAUCUGUACACUUUAUCUUUUAGUGUUUUGUUGAUCAGUGAUGCCACAGAUUAAUUUAUUGUUAAUAAAGUGAAACAUUUUAAAUAUAUGAUGUUUCAUUUAGAGAAGUUGCUAUCUGUUCAGCUGUGUUAAGAUAUGAGUUCUUGCAUGGUCUGAAUAUUUGCAGAGUUUACUUUUUUCAUUAUCAUUAAUAAUUAUAAAAUAUCACUAAAUAAGAACUAGCAUGCAUGCUAGCAGUCCACACAAUUUGAUUAAAUAUUGUGAAAUUCCAAAAUUGGGUAAAGAGUUACUGUUCAAUAAAUCCAGUAUAUGCAAUUUUGUAGUCAUUCCUAUGUUACAGUCUGGUAUUAAUUUGUAUCAUCUUUGUGUUCACAGUCAGAGAAAGAAAUUCUGUAUCAGUGUAAAAUGAGGCUGGUUUUAGAUCCAAAAUUUCUAUACUGGUCCAUCAAACUGUGCCUUUAGUUCUAGAUUUAUUUUAUGCUCGCUUUUUAGGUAAUACAUUCAGGUUCUAUAGUGUGUAUACUUAACUGCGCAAGGAGUGAAAUCUUUAUCCUUCUACUUGAGAGUGAAGCUUUCAUCUGCCCAAAGUGGGCAUCUCUUGUUCCCUGGCCACAUGCCUUCUGUUUGGCAUCUUUUGAGAAGGUGCUUCUUCAGCUGCAAGAUGUAGUAGUGGAUUCCAUUAGCUCCAGCUCCUUUCUGAAUCACACAUAGGGCCAAGUCUGCACUCUGCAGCUGGGGACAGAAAGAUCAUUUAAACACCACAUUGUACUCUGGCUACAAAUUCAGCCUCAAACUCUUUUAUUCCCUGCCUCACUUAUCAGGCAAAUCUCAAUGAUUAACAAACCAAUAAGGAGCCAAGUUGGGCUUUUCCUUCAGGAUGUUCUUGUUCUUUACAUCAUUUACCUCCUUUGUUGUUGAGAUUCUCUAGGAGUUGUGCAUGCUGGUAAAAGUAUCCAAAGUCCCAGCCUGCUGCAGGGUAUGUACCUGUGAUGUUGUGAAAUCCAAAGACAGCUCAGGAGAACUAGAAUACAACAUGCUUCUCACAAAAUGAACCCAAGGUUGUGGGUUUUUUUUUCCCACUCUUUAACCAAUAACUGGGCAGUUGUCCUUUUCUGCACAGUAACUUCUCACUGUCAGCACUAUGGCCUUGUUUUUGUGCAGACUUCUGAACAUCAAAGGAAAAAAGCAGCAUGUUUUAGCCUCAUGCCUCAAGGGGUGUAAGGGUGCAAGGCUAGUUGGGAUGGUGAAAGUCACUAGCAGAGCUGCGUUUAUAAUAGCAAAAUGACAAUUCUUGCAGCUCAUUUUGAUUCAGGAGGAGAGCUGUACCCUCACUAGCACUGUAUUGCCAGUGCCAUAUAUUGCAGCAUCAGUAGUUGUCAUAGUUUAAGCUAUUCUACAGUAGAGAUAAUUCUUACUCCUUUUUGGGUUCUGUCAUCUAACAGCUUAGGCUUGUGACUUCAAACACAUUUCAAGUAACUUACAAAUGCGUGGCCUGUUGGAUGUCUUGAUCUCUCAAUUUCUGUAGCAGUUCAUGCAAGUACAUAAUGCAUAGGUAUAAUUCAAGAUAGGGACAUAAACAAAUACCUUUCUCAAGCAGCUGUUUAGAAUUAUACAAGAAUUGGCACCUUUUUCUUCAACCACCUUAACACCAGAGGCAAUCACAAGUCACAAAGAAUGCAUUAAUUGCAAAUAAUCAAUAAAUUAAAAUUCUCUUAUCUCCUGGAUACAAAUUUGCAUCUUUUACACAAUCCAUUAAUGGUGUAUGCUCAUUAUCUUUUGGAUUCCUACAAGAAAAUUUUGUAGCAAGAUCUUGGAGAAACUGAGCUUCUCUAUGUGGUAAUAAUCACGUUUCUAGGCUCUUGCAGGAAAAGAAAAAAAUCUACUGUAACAUAUUUGUGGACAGUCUUGUAAUUAUAGAAGUACAUAAGUGGCUGCAGAAAAUGAACUCAUUUUCUGUUAGCUUG